CUGUAUAGCCUUGAAACAUAAACAGAGGGGGUGAGUGUGAGCAGCUGUCUCCAUGUAAGGAUAUGUAGCACUGGGAGCUGAUGUGUUUGUAAAGCUGCCAUUAGAGAGAAUCUGCUGUGACUCUGACAUUGAAUCCGUCUGAUCAGGUGGAUAAAUGGCUUAUUUCAGCCUUUUCUAUUUAUUCGAAACCUCUUAAGUCUCCAGACCUGUCCUGGAGACCUUGCUGAUCUCCAGCUGCCAGCAAACAAUCAUCUGAACAUCUCUCUUUCUCCAGUGACGCCUGCGUCUCUAGCGCUCGUUCGCAAACGACCCAGAGCUGCCCCUCCAUCCCCCCUCUAAUGUUUUCUUAUUGGGAACAGUCCCGCUGAGACGGGUGUGUCAGGUUUACCAUCUGUACAAAUUGCUUGAAUAUCUUGUAGGUCUCUAAUCGCAGCUUGGAGUUUACUUUCUCUUUUCCGUCUUCUCGAAAAAAAUGACAAUGCUUUCAGGGUUUGUCUUUGUAUUGCUGGUCCAAACUGUAAACCUUCAACUUACACCUCGAGGACCCAGACCAAUACCGGGGCGAGGUGACAGUCCAGAGCCAACGGUACCUCCACUCUUGCCUGAACCCACACCAAGACCUGAAGGCUGUGAAGCAGGUAUAAUCGACUGUCCCAUCAGGGUGUACUUCACUAUUGACACCUCAGAAACCAUCGCAUUGCAGGAGCCCCCACCUGGCAGCCUGGUGGAGAGUAUCAGAGAAUUCACAAAGAUCUUUGCCGAGAGGCUGGCUGAUGAGGAGUACAGGGGCCAUAUCCAGAUCACUUGGUCCAUAGGUGGGCUGCACUUCUCCCAGAAGCAGGUGGUCUUCAGCCAGCUCACAACCAGAGAGAACUUCAUCAGGAAUCUCGCUUCGAUCCGAUACCUGGGCAAAGGCACUUACAUCGACUGUGCCCUCAAAAACAUGACUCACCAGAUGACCCAACAUUACACAGAGACGAAGGCGGUUCUCUUCGCUGUGGUCAUCACUGAUGGCUACGUGACAGGAAAUCCAUGUUCAGGGAUCAAGGUGAUGGCGGAAAAGGCCCGGGAUCAAGGGAUCCAGAUUUUCUCAGUAGCAGCGUCCAAGGAGAUCGAUGAAUUUGGAAUGAGGGAGAUAGCGAACUCUCCGUAUGAGCUGUUCCGUGACGACUACAUAGCGGUGGAAAUCGUUGAUGGGAAACCAAGACUAAGCACUAAAACCAUUGAUCGUAUCGUAAAAGCAAUGAAAUACCAAGCAUAUUUACAGUGUUACAAACCAAGAUGUUUCGAGAGUCCUGGGCGCCCUGGACUAAGAGGUCCCUCAGGUCCAAAAGGCACAAAAGGAGACAGAGGCCCUCAAGGGCCAAAGGGUGAAAGAGGAAGACAGGGUGAUCCUGGCAUUGAAGGUCCAAUUGGACGACCUGGUCCAAAGGGAGAGGCUGGUUUAAAGGGUGACAAGGGGGAAAUUGGAUUAACUGGAGCAAAGGGUGUUGCCGGUUCGACUGGCAAGAAUGGAACUGAUGGGCAAAAGGGGAAAAUUGGACGAAUUGGAGCUCCCGGUUGUAAAGGUGAUCCAGGCGACAAGGGACCAGAUGGCUACCCAGGAGAUGCUGGUGAAACUGGACUAUUAGGUGACAAAGGAGAAAAGGGUGACACAGGCCUUCCUGGAAAGCCAGGCCCCCCAGGCCCUAAGGGUAAUCCAGGUCUGAAGGGUGAAAGAGGAAACCAAGGAAAUCCAGGACAGCCUGGACAAAGAGGGAGUCCGGGAGAACGAGGCCCGGAGGGAAGCAGAGGUCGGCCUGGGGAAAAUGGACUCAAGGGCGCUAAGGUGAGGAGAUCACGCUGGGACCUGGGACUACCGGGACCGAGGGGUCAGCCAGGAGAACUAGGCGCCCCUGGACGAAAUGGCACGACGGGAGAUCCUGGAGAUUCAGGACCAAGGGGAGACAUUGGGCCACUUGGACCAAAGGGUGACAGAGGAAGGCAAGGUUUCAGCUAUCCUGGAUCAAGGGGACCGCCUGGAGACAGGGGUGCACCAGGUAGGAGAGGACCCAGAGGGAGCAGAGGUGACUGUGGCGCCAAAGGAGAAUCUGGAAAUAAAGGGCAACCAGGAGCGCCUGGUGAACCAGGCCAGUCGGGGCCGCCAGGAGAAAGAGGGCCUAGAGGAGAACGUGGACCUGAUGGGGAUCCAGGACCAGCAGGCGAUUCUGGGCUCACUGAAUGUGAUGUCAUGAGCUACAUCAGAGAGACGUGUGGUUGCUGCGACUGCGAGAAGCACUGUGGAGCUAUGGACAUCGUGUUUGUAAUUGAUAGCUCAGAGAGUGUCGGGCUGACAAACUUUACCCUGGAGAAGAACUUUGUUAUCAACACCAUCAACAGGCUGGGAUCUAUGGCGCCCGAACCUACAUCAACAACAGGCACAAGAGUUGGAGUUGUACAAUACAGUCACAACGGGACCUUUGAGAGCAUUCGUCUCGAUGACCCAAACAUAAACUCCAUGACUGCAUUCAAAACUGCAGUGAAGAAUCUGAGGUGGAUUGCUGGGGGCACCUUCACCCCCUCUGCUCUGAAGUACGCCUAUGAUAACCUCAUCAGGGACAGCAAGAGAGCCCGAUCCAAAGUGUCCGUCGUCGUGGUCACAGACGGCCGCUUUGACCCCCGAGACGACGACAAUCAGCUCACAUACCUCUGCAACGACCCCGCUGUGGUGGUGAAUGCCAUCGGGAUAGGGGACAUGUUUGACACCAGACACGACAGCGAGACUCUGGUGUCAAUCGCAUGCAACAAGAAGGAUCGGGCUACUGAGAUGAGGCGCUACAGCGAUUUGGUGGCUGAUGAAUUCUUAGAAAAGAUGGAAACUGUCCUCUGUCCUGAUCCAGUCAUUAAGUGCCCUGAUCUCCCCUGUACAAGUGAACUUGACUCAGCACCUUGUGUUGCGAGGCCUGUGGAUUUGGUAUUUCUAUUGGAUGGUUCAGAGCGUCUCGGGGAGAGAAACUUCCUCCUUGUUCGUGAAUUUGUUCAGAAGGUUGCAGACAGGCUGGUACUGGCCAGGACCAGGACCGAUCGAGAGCGAGCCCGUCUGGCACUGAUGGAGUUUGGCAAGGAGUCAGAGAAUCGGGUGGCUUUCUCUCUAACACAUGACCCUGUCCAGAUUGUUAACAAUUUAACAGCUUUACAGUAUCUAGAUUCUUCUUCAAGCGUGGCGCCCGGCAUCAUACAUGCCAUCAACAACAUCCUGGUUAGAGGAAGCGCCCGGCAAACGAGGCCCAAUGCAGAGAUUUCAUUCGUUUUCAUUACAGAUGGUGUCACUAACAGCGACAACCUGGACGAAGCGAUCAGUGCCAUGCGUCGUUACGAGGUGGUCUCCACGGUGAUUGCCACAGGAAGUGAUGUUGAUCAAGAAAUCCUGACAAAGCUGGCUAUGGGGGACCAGCACGCCAUCUUUAAAGCAGAAAAAUUCUCAGAUUUUUUAAGGUCCGGUAUGUUUGAUCGUUUCAUCCAGUGGGUGUGUUAGAGAGAGAAUGCUCCUGUGAGCCAAUACUGGUGCUACAGCUGUUAAUCCAGCAUUUUCAAGGAUAAUUAAAAUUUAUUUCAACCUGAUAGUAUUUUACAUUAAUGUGGCUGUUGUGGCUCUAUUGAGGAAAGCAUCCUACAGUGAAACAAGACUGUGCUCUCUGCAGCUUUAUACUGGGUCAUAGUGCAGUCCUUGAUUUUACCCUGUGAG